GCUGCAUGUCUUGAGUCUCUGUGAUGAUUUGCGUUUCCCGGGCUGCCGAUAGUACGGAGUGAACAACUUACAUUAUUAAUGAGGAAAUCUUGCCCGUCCUGUUUCUAGGGCUGCGAGGCCAAUGUCAGUUGACUCAACUCACAUGUGGUGGUUGAUCAUCCUUCAGAUAUAUAGCUCAGUCAUGACUCGCUUGUUGACGGCUCCUGACGGUAUUGCUGCAUCGCCCUUCUUCUUUGAUUGUCGAUGACCGUAGCAUCUGCCUAUCUUUUAAUUCUCAUCCUGCCAUUUCUUCUCUCUUGAUAUUCACUUGGAACUCGACCCUGAGCCCUCAUAUUACUACCGCGGCAUCCCACAGCGCAGAUCAGGUGUAAAAUAGGAAUCACUAUGAACGAUGGCUGCAACGGGGGUACAAUAUGAUGCGAAUGCGGCUUUCUGGUUCUAUUGUUCGUGUCACGUCGCUGUACCAAUUACCAUUAAGAUAGAGCUCAGCGUCGUCAGACAAAGAAAGUUAAAUGGAACCGCACGCUAUCACCCACCUCCCAGAAGGAGAGCUUGAUCUUCAGGAUGCAUUGAUCAGUUGAUCAAUUGCGAUGAAUAAAAAUAUAUAAACCAUCUGUUGCACCUGUGCAAUGAUAUCUCGAGCACAUCUCUUAAAGCAGUCGUCUCCGAAGCAGCUCGUUUAACUGAACUGAGUGAUCGCAUACCCAAUCAGCUCCAUCGAUAUGAUGUACCUCAGGGAAAUGGUCUUCUCGCUCACCAAAUGGGCGCUGUUUGUUGGCGCAGAACGUUCCCCCGAGAGUGCGAUCAGGUGUCCAGCUCACGCUCCCCAUGUCGCGAAGAGUAUGGGUUCGUGCCCAACAGUGCGUGUCGUCUGAGCCGGAAAUGCUGUUGUGGUCGCUGCUGCAUCAAUUUAUGAUUACUUUCAAUUUCAGGAGGAUACGGCCGGUUCGGCAACAGGGAGUCCCAGUGGAAGCGGAGAUCGGGGGCGAG